GCCAAAGUAAUAAUGAACAUAAUAAAACAAAAUAAAUGAUAUGAAAAAUGUAAUGGAAGAUGAAAGUAUGAAGAGCGGUGGUGAGUGAAGAAGGACGUGGGUAAGAGGCAAGAGAGGAAGAGGCACUUCCUCGUCUUCCUCAGUCCGACCUGGCAGUGCUGGUGGCUGUGCGCUUACACCCCCCCCCAAUCUCUCGCUCUCGUGUGCGAUGGCUGCUGCAUCGAGUGAAGAAAGGGAACUGUCGUGCUCCAUCUGUCUCGAGUUGUUCAACCUGCCCGUGGGGUUACCCUGCGGCCACACGUUCUGCAAGGCGUGCGUGGAGCGUCACUUCGCGGCGCAAUCGGAGGUCGGCUUCACCUGUCCCGAGUGCCGCGAGGUUUUCUACCGGAAGCCGAGGCUCAACAAGAACGUCUUCAUAGCCAACGUCGUGCACAAGUUCAAGGAGGCGAAUGUGGGCAGGAGGUGCGACCGGCAUGGCCAUGGCCUCGACCUCUACUGCAGGACCGACGCGCGGUUGAUGUGCGUGGAGUGCACGGACGCGCACGAGAAGCACGACAUCGUGUCCGUGCGGAAGGAGCGCGCACACAAGUGGGGGCAGCUGAGCUCAGUUAAAGAUCGACUGAGCGAGAGAGAGGAGACAGCAACUUCGUUCGUGAGCAGCCUCCAGGACUCGACCGACAGAGUGGAGGCAGCAGCAGAGCAGAUAAAGGAGAGGCUGAGCGGCAGCUACGACGAGCUCCUGCGCCUCAUCUCCGAGGACAAGGAGUCGGCGCUGCGGGCCGUGGAUAAGGAGCGCGACCUCAAGCUCUUGGGGAUCUGCCGGGAGAUUGAGAAUAGCCGGACGACUCUGGGCGGCCUGACAGAAGCGCUCGGCAGAAUCCGCAGCCUGGAGGAGACCGAGGACCCCGUGGAGUUUCUCGAGGGCUACACUCUCCAAUGGGAAAGCUUCGUGAACCUGGCAAGUGAGCCAAUGGAGGAGACACCGUCUAGCGCUUCGCUCGACUUCGAGAUGCCAACUCCACUGCAGGAGCAGAUAGACGAGCUCCUGAGCGCAUUCAGAACCUUCAGAGGCGAGGACCCUACAUCAGCAGACCAGCCCAAACCCAAGACUCCUGAGGGGAAUACAGCUCAAGUGCAGCGGAGGUCACCUCCAGUUAGUUUGCGGGAGAUGGCAGCUCCACAUGAAGUUCAAGCAGCUGGAGCAUCUGCACAACCCACAGCCUCUCUGCACGGCCUCAGCAGAGCUGACAUCAUCAUGAGAAGUUAGUUGCGCUGCGUACACAAUGUUGUUGUUAGCUUGGCUCGAGUGAACGGCCAAAACGUUAACUCCAAAAAGAAGAUUGUUACUGCAACUUAACCAGGAGUCGAAAAUAACCCGAAAACCAGCACUGGAAAUCAGUAAAAGCUGGUUAUUUAACUUGGACUGAAUUUAAACCUAAAUUAAA